UACCACAGUGAGCGCUUGCAGAUAACAAGUUAACAGCUCCUUAUCCUAAGCCCAACCCCCGUCUCCGUGCCUUUCUCACCCCCCGCCCUCGGAGCAGCAGCCAUGGCGUCGUUGCACCUGACUGGGCCGCGGGUGGCGGUGGCCGCGAAGCCGGCCGCGCUGGGCGGGCUCCGCCUGCCGACGCCGUCGAUUGCCGUGCCGACGGGGCGGAGGGCCCGGGGGCUCGUGGUGAGGGCCGCCACCGUCGUGUCACCCAAGUAUACUUCCAUAAAACCAUUAGGAGACAGAGUACUUGUGAAGGUCAAGACCACCGAGGCUAAAACUGAUGGAGGGAUUUUACUUCCAGUAUCAGUUCAGUCAAGACCAACAGGAGGGGAAGUUGUUGCUGUUGGAGAGGGGAGAAGUUUUGGAAGUAACAGCAUCGAGAUCAGCGUUCCGGUUGGUGCACAAGUUGUCUACUCGAAAUACGCCGGCACGGAAUUGGAAUUCAAUGACGCCGACCAUCUCAUUUUGAAAGAAGAUGACAUCAUUGGUAUUCUCGACAGUGAUGAUGUGAAAGAUCUGAAGCCGCUGAAUGAUCGUAUUCUGAUUAAGGUUGCUGAAGCUGAAGAACAAACUGCUGGUGGUUUGCUAUUGACGCAGGCGAAUAAAGAGAAACCUUCUGUUGGAACAGUGGUAGCUGUUGGCCCCGGGCCGUUGGGCGAGGACGGCACAAGGAAGGCCCUGUCGAUCACUCCUGGAAGCAACGUGAUGUACAGCAAGUACGCCGGAAGCGAGUUCAAGGGUCAGGACGGCGAGUACAUCGUGCUCAGGGCAUCCGACGUGAUGGCUGUUCUUUCCUAAUCCUAAGCAGAUGCCACCCGUGCAAAAUAGAAAUUUUGAUGGUUAGGCCGUACGCUGUCUUUCAUUUGCUCUUGUUUGGAAUUGGUGGAAGCUUUUGAACUGUAAUUUGGUGCAAAACGCUACGAAAAAAAUAAGAUGAGUUGCUUAGACUUGAGAUA